CGGACGACCAGCCCAAGUUCUCCCCGGCCUUUCGGCACCAGAGGAAUCGGCGAGCCCACCCGGACGCUCGGAAACUGGACCGGGCGCAGCGCAGCUUCGAGAGGGCCCUCCUGCUCCUCAUGCAAUGGUACCAGGCUUCCCUGAAGGACGUCCAGACGGCUGUGGCCCAGCUGGACCUGACCCAGCUCGAGCCCGUGGCCAUGUGGCGGGACCUCUGCCUCCGGCUCUACCCGGACACCUGCGACCACGGUCAGCCGUACCGCUCCCUAGACGGCUCCUGCAACAACCUGGCACGGCCGUCCUGGGGCAAGGCGCUUACCUGUCACGCACGCAUGUCGGAGCCUGUCUACAGUAACGGCAUCAACGCGCCAAGGACCCACGGAAUCUCCGGCAACCCUCUUCCCAAUCCCCGCCUGGUCUCGAUCGGCAUCCGGCAGUCGCCUCCGGACCCUCGGUACCGACGAACGCACACUCACCUGUUCAUGGCCUACGGACAACUCAUUGACCACGACAUGUCGCUCAGCCCAGACGCCAGAGGACCCAACGGCACGCUGCUCAUGUGCUGCGGAGAGCGGGCGUCUCCCGCCUGCUUUCCGAUCCGCCUGCCCUUCAACGACCCCUUCUUUGCCGACCUGGGCAUCGACUGCCUCAACGUGGUGCGAACCUCGUCGUGCACGGACUGCUCGGGAUUCCAUGAGCGGCGGAUAGUGAACCAAAAUUCGGCCUUCAUCGACGCCUCGAUUACCUAUGGUACGUCGGACGACGUCCUGCGCACCCUCCGGGACCCCGCGCACCCCGAGUACCUGCUCAUGCCCGGGGGGCUCCUGCCGCCGAGUCUGAACCCGGACGACGACGGGUGCAGUGACCCGGCCACGAGCCAGUUCUGUUUCCGGGCGGGCGACACCCGCGUCAACCAGCAGCCGGGCAUCGCCUCCCUGCAGAUCCUGUACGCCAAGCAGCACAACCGGAUAGCCACCGAGCUGAACAGGCUCUUUCCCUGGUGGGACAAGGAGACCAUCUUCCAGGAGACCAGGCAGGUUCCCUCAUUGGAGAUACAGUGA